CACUGAAGAUAAUGGUCUCAGCUAGGCGACACCCCAUAACCAUAUUCCCCACCUUCCAUCAUUUGAUCUCUCUCUCUCUCUCCCCCUCUCUCUCUCUGUUUAACUGGGAAACUUGCAAGAGUCAACCACUAAAAGGGGGCACACGCUUGAUUGAAACAAGAGGCUAAUCUGAGAAGUUUGAUGGGUGGAGGGGGAGAGGCACUACGAAAAGGGAAGUCUUUUCUUUUACCUUGCCUCUAGUGUGAUACUGUGUUGGAGUUUCACGGCUGGGAAGUUACGAGUUAGCCUUCUUUUCAUCCUUUCGCUUUUGUUGGGGUGUUGAUUCUAUCUUUGUACUUCAAAAAGGUGUGUUCUUGGGGGUUAGAAUGAUGGGGUUUUCUGUUUUUUCUUUUUGAUUUUUUGAAGGAUUAGAAAUGUAUUGAUUUCAUUUUCUUUUGGUCGGGUGUUUUACAUGGGGGUAUCUGUUUUAGGUGGUCGUUUGUUUUUGAGGAUCCAGUGGUGGGUUUUGCUUGAUUUUCUUGAAGAGCUGCAAUAUCUAAAGUUCUGGAAUUUAGUGUCCCGUUUCUCUUUUCUUAUUUGCAUCAGUUUGUGGGGAAAAUAUUGUACUUUUUCUUGUAAGUAAUGGAGUGAGUUGGGUUUUAUGUCUUGUUGAGUUUCUUUUUGGGUGUUCCAAAGUUUCACAGAAAGAUGGUUGGCCUUCAUUUGAAGAGAUGGGUGUGGUUGUUAACUUUGAGAAUCAUGAAUUGGGUCUUUGCUACAGAAAUCAUGGCCCAGAAGUCUGGGGGUUGUGGGAGUACAGGAAAAUUGGGGUUGAAAUGGUGGGGAAGCUUUGUAGGUGGAGACUGGACUAGCCAACACAAAUAUGUGUAUGUUGGAUCUGUGAAGGCGUGGGGGAGCUGGAGGAAAAGACUGCUUUUUAUGUGGAUACUAGGUGGGAUAUUGCUAUCUUCGUGGAUUUUCUGGUAUAUAAAUUCCCAGAAUGUUCAGAGAAGGAAGGAGACCCUUAUCAAUAUGUGUGACGAAAGGGCGAGGAUGCUGCAGGAUCAAUUCAAUGUGAGCAUGAAUCAUGUUCAUGCUUUGGCAAUCAUGGUCUCAACCUUUCAUCAUGGGAAGAUGCCUUCUGCCAUUGAUCAGAAAACUUUUGCGGAAUAUACAGAUCGAACUGCUUUUGAAAGGCCUCUAACUAGCGGAGUGGCAUAUGCACAAAGGGUACUGCAUGCUGAGAGGGAACAGUUCGAGAAGCAACAGGGCUGGACCAUCAAGGUCAUGGAUGAACAGGAUAAGAAUCCUGUUCGUGAUGAUGAGCAUUUUGCUGAAUUCCAUGAGGUAUCUCCUGUGCAGGAGGAGUAUGCUCCAGUUAUCUUUGCGCAAGAUACUGUUGCCCAUGUCAUAUCUCUUGACAUGUUAUCUGGGCCGGAGGACCGUGAGAACAUCUUGCGAGCUAGAGCAUCUGGAAGAGGUGUUCUUACUGCUCCUUUCAGCCUUCUGAAGUCCAAGAGGUUGGGGGUUAUUCUUACUUUUGCUGUCUAUAACAAGGAACUUCCGCUGGAUGCGAAACCUGAAGAGCGUAUUGAGUCAACAAUUGGGUAUAUUGGCGGAAUUUUUGACAUUGAAUCCUUGGUAGAGAAACUGCUUCACCAACUUGCCAGUAAACAGACCAUUGUUGUGAAUGUGUAUGAUACGACCAAUGCUUCUCAUUCAAUCAGCAUGUAUGGCCCAACUGUUUUAGACAAUAGGCAGCGGCAUGUUAGUCCACUAAACUUUGGGGAUCCCUUCAGGAAGCAUGAGAUGCAAUGCAGAUUUAAGCAGAAGCCUCCUUUACCAUGGUUGGCAAUAACCACAUCACUUGGGAUACUCGUUAUUGCUUUGUUGGUAGGACAUAUAUUUUAUGCAGCAAUGGCUCGUAUUGCAAAGGUAGAGGAUGAUUACCGUGAGAUGAUGGAACUAAAAGUGCGUGCAGAAGCAGCAGAUGUUGCAAAAUCUCAGUUUCUGGCUACCGUCUCCCACGAAAUCAGGACUCCGAUGAAUGGUGUUUUAGGCAUGUUGCAGAUGCUGAUGGAUACAGAUCUUGAUGAAACACAAUUGGAUUAUGUUAAGACGGCUCAGGCUAGUGGAAAAGCACUUAUAUCGUUGAUAAAUGAGGUUCUGGACCAAGCAAAAAUUGAAUCAGGCAAGCUUGAGCUUGAGGCUGUCCAAUUUGAUCUGCGGGCCGUUCUUGAUGAUGUCCUAUCACUUUUCUCUGGCAAAUCUCAGGACAAAGGAAUAGAGUUGGCAGUCUAUGUGUCCGAUAAGGUGCCAGAAAUUCUCAUAGGGGAUCCUGGAAGAUUCCGUCAAAUCAUUACUAACCUCGUGGGUAAUUCAAUUAAGUUCACGGAGAGAGGACACAUCCUUGUAUCUGUUCAGCUUGUCGAUGCGGUGAAGAGCUCAUCAGAAACAGCUCUAGAGCCUCCAUUCAAACUGUACCAAGACUGCAUUAGGAAUGGUUAUGGUAAUUCAUGUAAUACACUGAGUGGGUUCCCAGUGGUAGAAAGGAGGCGAAGCUGGGAAACUUUCAAGUCAAUCAGUACAGAUGCGCUCACCUGUAACCAAGUUCUCAAGGCAAAUCCUGCAGAUGCUGUCAACGUGCUUGUCUCAGUUGAGGAUACAGGUGUUGGAAUCCCUGUAGAAGCACAAGGUCGUGUUUUUACACCCUUCAUGCAAGCAGAUAGUUCUACUUCUCGUACCCAUGGAGGCACAGGCAUUGGCCUGAGCAUUAGCAAGUGCUUGGUUGAUCUCAUGAAGGGUGAGAUAGGAUUUGCAAGUGAGCGUAAUAUUGGUAGUACCUUCGCAUUUACUGCAGUUUUUACAAAGGUGCAAACCAAGUCUAAUGAACCUAAAGGUCAUUGUCAACAGUAUGAACAAGACUUUGUAAUAUCAGAAUUUCAAAGAAUGACUGCCCUCAUUGUUGAUCCAAGGCCUGUUCGUGCUGCAGUGACUAAAUAUCAUCUUCAGAGGCUUGGCAUUGGAGUGCAAAUUUCCAGUGAUCCAAGUGAGGGUCUCAGUACAAUAUUGAGUGGGAAAGAGAACAUCAAUUUGGUCUUUAUUGAUGAGGAAGCUUGGGUUAAGCAUGCUUACAUCUUUUCAUCGUUUAUAGUUGAUAAAUCAAAGAAUGGUGCAUUGAGCGAUACAAAGUUUUUUCUUCUGGCAAAAUCUAUAACCUCUGCAGAAGUAAAUGCAUCCAAAUUUCUUAACAGAUGUCCCCUAACUGUGAUCACAAAGCCCCUUAGAGCAGGCAUGCUUUCUUCAUUCUUGCAACGAGCUGUUGGUAUUGAAAAGAAACAGAAUUGUCGUAGCAGAGAGCUUCGCCUUGCAUCUCUUAAGAGCAUAUUGCAUGGCAAAAGGAUCCUCGUUGUAGAUGAUAAUGCUGUAAACCUCAAAGUUGCUGCUUGUGCUUUAAAGAAGUAUGGAGCGAAUGUAGAAUGUGCUGAAUCUGGCAAAAUAGCUGUCGCAAAGCUCAAGCCACCACAUGAGUUUGAUGCGUGCUUCAUGGAUGUUCAAAUGCCUGAAAUGGACGGGUUUGAAGCUACAAGAAGAAUUAGAGAUAUGGAAACUGGUCUAAAUGAUCGCGUCCAGAAAGGUGAAGCAUCUGAAGUUCAUGGAAACCUCGUACACUGGCAUACACCAAUCUUGGCCAUGACUGCUGAUGUGAUUCAGGCCACACACGAGCACUGCUUGCAGGCUGGCAUGGAUGGUUAUGUUUCCAAGCCGUUUGAGGAGUCACAGCUGUAUGGAGAAGUAGCGCGUUUCUUGCAAUCUAAUUCUUCUUCAGAUUAAUUGAGAGGUUUUGUGGUUUUGACUGAGCAUCGUGGACCACGAGAUUCUUCUUCUGCAAUCAAUCGUUAGGAAGUCCAUUGGUUUCCACACUUCCCAUUAAGGACCAAGAGCAAUGGUGAUCCUUUAGCAAUGGUUCCUUUUGUACAGUUACGUCUUCUUGGCCAAGCCUUUGCAAGAAUUUUGUGACAGAAAGAAGGAUCAAUAAUUGCAUUGGCAUGUUCAGUUUCUACCAAUCUGUACAUAUGUAGCUCCUGAUAACGAAGCAUUCUUUUCUAGUUGAAGAUUCAAAUUGUUGGCUGGGGACCAGCGAACCAGAGGAAUUUCUUAUGCUCUGUUAUCAAUGGUCUUCACCUUGUAAAGUGUAGUUAGAACUGGUGAUUUAGCUAUAAUACGAGUGUAUAGUGAUUGUCGUUUUUUAAUUCUAGGUGAUUGUAUUUUCUGCUGCAAAGAGAAA